CCCAGAGUCGAAGCUGGCCGAGUGCUGCCCUGCACUCGAGGUUGGUUCCAGAAGGCAAGGAACGUCCCCACUGAUUAGAGCGCUAUCCUCUCUAUCUCUUGGGGUCUGUUUACUUUUCCCCUUCGACAUCAUCCUCCUUCCCUUCAACUUUCACCGUCAGCGACAACGCACCGUGCACGCCGGGUGCUCGCUGAGCAAGCUCAUAUCAUCACGUCCAAUACGAUUAAUCAAGUAUCAUAUUGACCGACGGCAGCAAUGUUUGUCCUCAGAGGAGCGGCCAAGCUUCUGUUUGGUUCCGGUAACAACCAGGAAACGCUAGUUGAGCUUCCCCAAGGCCAGCUCUACCUCGUCAGACCACUUUCUCCCAAGGGAUACUCCGAACUCCUCUUCAAGGACGCCUCGGCGCGCAUUCGUCGCACUGCGCAAGACUUCCAGUACCAGCUCGUCGUACAGCGAGUAUACGAAGAGGGAGAGGCCGAGUUGCUCGCCGAAGAGGAAGGUGAGGACGCCGACAUCGACGCCGACAUCCUCGCUGCCGAACGCGACGAAAAGACUUUCUUACUCGACGAGGCCCUUCACUUGCGCGUUGAACAGAGAGAAGGUGGUGAUCACGUCCUGGCCUGGCGCGAUCUGAGCGGAGACGUGGGAGACGUCUACGAGUUUGUUUGCGACACGGCCAUCUCAUCCUCGCUGGUCGAUCAGUUUGAGCUUGCCGCCAAACAGUGCCAGUACGAGCGCAAAUAUCGCAAGCCAAAUACCUUGGCUACGGAAGAGGACCUUCAGCAAUUCGACUUUUUUGACGAGCCACCGAUUCCCCAGGCUAGUCCCAUCCACAGCCCGGCCCUCCUUACGCGAUCAAUCGACUCCAUCGACGCCAUGCCUCUACACUCAGCCAACACCAGCGUCAAGCGGGAGAACGCUGCUACAGGCUCCUCUACGCCCGCCAAGUCUACUCCCGUCAAGUCUACUCCUGCCAAGAAAGAAAGGAACUAUAGCCCUCCCAAGGCCACGGUACCUCCCGAGGCCCGUGAGGUUAUGGCCGCCGAAAAGGGAGAGCUACAUUUCUACGACUUUCCCUCAGGAUCAUUUGUCCUUCAGGCCGAUUCGGUUACAGCAACAGUCUCCGAAAUUGGCAACUGGAAGUACUGGUUGCAAGUCUCGACUUCCGACCGCGAGUGGCUCGGCAUUCCCAUUAGCUCGGAGAUCAACCCAGUCUUCAACCCCGAAUAUCUCUCUUUCAUCUUCAACCAGUUCACAGACGAUGGCUCAGCUUAUUCGUGGCUACUGCGCUUCAAGGAUCAGCCCACCCUCGACCGAUUCCAAGAGGGUCUGACGUCUGCUCUCUGGGAACAACAGAAUGAGAUGAAGUGGGGCAAGAUCAAGGAGACUGAACAGAACUACGUUCUCGAUGCAUUCAAUGAUCUGGUACUUGAAGACCAGCCUGUCGAGGAGGAGGAGGAAGAAGAGGAGGAGUUUGAGGAUGCCGAGGAUGAUGGUCCCCAAAGCGAACACUACGACACCGACGAGGAGGAGGACCAUGUUGAAUACAAGCCCAAGGACACCGACACCAACAAGUCGAUCGCUGUUGGUUACAAGCACGAUCGCUCGUUUGUUGUCCGCGGCUCCAAGAUUGGUGUCUUCAAGCAUACGCCCAGCAACCAUCUCGAGUUCAGCACAAACAUCUCCAAGGUCGAGACGCCAAAGGGCGAGCUCUUCUCGCCUACCAAGGUCAUGCUUCACAAUGAGGAUCGGAAUCUUGUCCUCCAAAAAGAUGGUGACCCGAACAAGCUGUAUCGCAUGGAUCUCGAGUACGGCAAAGUCGUCGACGAGUGGAAGGUUCAUGACGACAUUCCUGUUGUCACCUUUGCACCUGAAAACAAGUUUGCCCAGAUGACUCACGAACCUACCUUUCUGGGUAUCAGCCGAAACGCUCUCUACCGUAUAGAUCCCCGUGUUUCUGGUACCAAGCUUGUCGACAGCCAGCUCAAGCAGUACGCGAGCAAGAACGACUUCUCCGCCCUCGCGACUACCGAGAAGGGUUACAUCGCCGUGGCAUCCAACAAGGGUGACAUUCGUCUGUUUGACCGCCUCGGCAUCAAUGCCAAGACACACAUUCCCGCUCUUGGUGAGCCCAUUCUCGGUCUCGAUGUUUCUGCCGACGGUCGCUGGGUCCUUGCCACGUGCCGCAACUACCUCCUGCUGGUCGAUGCCCUGCAAAAGGGAGGCAAGAAUGAGGGCAAGCUUGGAUUCGAGAAAUCCUUUGCUGCCGACUCGAAGCCUCAGCCACGCCGUCUCGCUCUGACUCCCGAGCAUGUGGCCCAGUUCACGCAUGAGACUGGCAAGCCUGUUAACUUCACGCCUGCAAAGUUCAACACUGGUACCGGAACUGAGGAAACCAGCAUCAUUACCGCCACUGGUCCGUACAUCAUUGAGUGGAACCUUAGGAAGGUACUCACCGGCAGGAAGACACCGUAUCUAAUCAAGCGAUAUACGGACGAUGUCAAGGCCGACGACUUCAAGUUCGGUACAGACAAGAAUGUGAUCGUCGCACUUCCACACGAGGUCAACAUGGUUGAUCACACUCGUCUCAAGAAGCCGACAAGAGAGAGCAUCGCUGGGGAUUUCCUCGACGCCGCGAGGAGAGGUUCGAGUAACAGGGUCGGUGGCCCUCGGACGCCGGCUGUUCAGAGGCUGAAGAGGGAAGACAUCGUCAACUCGCCGUAUUAAACGGUGAUUGGCUUGAAAGAUUCGCCAUGAUUAUCGAUGACUUUGCUUUUUUCCAAUUUUUUACGCAAGGCAGAGUAGGUGGACAGCUGCCUGUUUGACGACACGAUUACGAUGGAGACCUUAGUGAUGCCCAGGAGUUUAUGGUUUCAAGCUGGUUUGAUGUCUUGUAUGAGAGGUUUUCUGCAGACUUUGGUGAUGGGUGAUGGAUUGGAAUGAGCUCUAUGGUUUCAUUCAGUAGCUAGGUAUGUAGCAAGACAUAUGUUUGUCUA